AGGGCCAUAAGGAGUGGGUGACCUCCGUGGUGGCGGCCUCGGUGGAUGCUUGGGUAGAAGGCCCCGGAGUUGACUGGCUGACAGAUAGGGGCGACGCCUACUACCAGGGGGGUGAAUUCUUUACCCAGCAUCUGAUCUACCGGAGGCUCGCCAGGCACUUUGGCGUAUCCCUCGACCAAUUUGACCCCUCAGCAUACGGCCUCCCUCCAUUACAACCAGAUGUGAGAGUUCCCCUCCCCCCGGGCGAAGAGCGGCCGACGAUAUACGACUCUGUGAUGAUGGGGGGUGAUGGGGGCGGAGCCGUCGGAGGUGAUGCUGCUGGGGAAGAAGUCUCCUCCAAACCCGCCGUGGAAGAUGCCCCCGGAGAUAACGAUGCUGAAGUCGCAGAGAAGAUUUGUACUUAGUAAAUAUUUGAAACUUCUGUUGUAAUGAACACCAUUGAUCCUUCGGCUUCG